AGAGGAGUGGGACUGGAAGCAGCUGUGGUAAAUGUUCCACCAGUCUAGUAAAAUCGAGGAAAAAAAGGGUAAUUUACGACAAAAGAAAACACUUUAACUCACUCAUUAAGCGAGAUCGAGUGAGGAGACCCGUGCCGGACACCACCGAUGAACUGCGUAGCGCUUAAAAAGUAGCAGAUCGGAGCGUGUUCUCAACUCACUGGCAACAAAAUAACAAGCACGAAAAGACUUGACAAUAAAAGCUCACUUUCCUGCGGGCUACAAGCCACAACUGACACCAGACCGAACCGGGGACUCGAUACAUCAGCCUCCAAUCUACUCGGACGUCUGACAUCUCUCAUUUCUCAAAAUCCCUUCGUCUUUUUGUGAAAACCUGAAACUCAGGAAACAAUGAAGACCUAACUCAUGUGCUAGCCACUGAGCUGGUCCAGCGUGUGUGUGCGCGCUCCUCUCUUCACCAACUUUCUCCAAGACUGGAAAAGGCAGGUUUACCAGACUCAUAGAAGAAGCUUAGGCUCUCUUCUUAAUUUUUUCAUGGAGGUGAGGGGCGAGGACAGGGGAUCGGACGGCAGCAGAGGCCCCGACUCGACCCCCUUUUCCCUUUACUCUAAGCCCGCUCGAGUGAUGAUCUAUCCGAGCGCUGGAGGAGAAGAUCUCCUGGUGAGAGCUGGUGCUGGCUGUGAGUCUCCCAACUCAGACGGGCCGGGCAGCAGCCGGAUAUCCCCCACUGAUGUGCCCGCGGUUUUGCCACCUAUACCGCCUCCUCCGGGGUUCGGGGCGCACGGGAGUGUGGAUGAAAGUGAUCAACAGGAUGGGCCGGAGUAUGAGGAAGAAGAGGUUGUUUUUCCCCUCUCCGCGCCGCCCACCAACCAAUGGUACCAUGGAAAGUUGGACAGAACCAUUGCAGAAGAGCGAUUGCGUCAGGCUCGGACACCGGGCAGCUACCUCAUCAGGGAAAGCGACCGGCGGCCUGGCUCCUUCGUGUUGUCCUUCCUCAGCAUGACCAACGUGGUCAAUCACUUCAGGAUCAUCGCGAUGUGUGGAGAUUACUAUAUCGGUGGGCGACGAUUCUCAUCCCUGUCAGACCUCAUUGGUUACUACAGCUAUGUGUCUUGCCUACUGAAAGGUGAAAAACUGUUGUCUCCGGUGGCUCCCCCAGAGCCAGUGGAGGACAGAAGACGAGUGAGGGCCAUUCUUCCAUACACCAAAGUGCCAGAAACUGACGAGAUCAGUUUUCUCAAAGGAGACAUGUUUAUUGUUCACAAUGAACUGGAGGACGGCUGGAUGUGGGUUACCAAUGUUCGGACAGAAGAACAAGGCCUUAUAGUGGAUGAUCUUGUGGAGGAGGUGGGUCGUGAAGAGGAUCCCCAUGAGGGGAAAAUCUGGUACCACGGGAAGAUCAACAAACAAGAGGCGUACAACUUGCUAAUGACAGUUGGCCAAGUAUGCUGCUUUCUGGUCAGGCCGUCAGACAACACGCCGGGCGACUACUCGCUCUUCUUUCGCACCAAUGAAAACAUCCAAAGGUUCAAGAUCAGCCCCACUCCAAACAACCAGUACAUGAUGGGAGGGCGGUACUAUAACAGUGUUGAUGAUAUAAUCGAACAUUACCGGAAAGAGCAGAUCGUGGAGGGCUACACUCUGAAAGAUCCUGUCUCUGUCCAGCAACAAGAACAAGUCCUUUCCGACUUGGUCGAUGGCAAAGAAAUCUAUAACACUAUUCGACGGAAAACAAAAGAUGCUUUUUACAAAAACAUUGUCAAGAAAGGAUAUCUUCUCUUCAACAAAGGUAAGGGCAAGCGCUGGAAGAACCUGUACUUUAUACUGGAGGGAAAUGAUGCUCAGCUCAUUUACUUUGAGAGUGAGAAGCGAGCCACCAAACCUAAAGGACUGAUUGACCUGAGUGUGUGCUCCGUGUACGGAGUCCACGACAGUCUGUUUGGCAGGCCAAACUGUUUUCAGAUUGUGAUUCAGCACUUUAGUGAGGAGCAGUACAUUUUCUACUUUGCUGGGGAUACACCUGAGCAGGCACAGGAUUGGAUGAAAUGCCUGCAGACGUUCUGUAAUAACCUUAGGAAACCCAUACAAACCACAUCCAACAAGCGUUUGCGUCAGGUUAGUAGUUUAGUCCUGUAUGUGGAGGAGGCCCACAAACUUCCCAUCAAACACUUCACCAACCCCUACUGCAAUAUCUCGCUGAACAGCGUGCAAGUGGCAAAGACUCACCCCAGAGAGGGACAGAAUCCAGUGUUCACUGAGGAGUUCAUCUUUGAUGAUCUGUCCAGCGACAUCAACAGAUUUGAAAUCAGCUUAAGCAACAAGACCAAGAAGAGCAAAGAAAGUGACAUCUUGUUCAUGCGUUGCCAGCUGAGUAAGCUGCAGAGGGGCCAAAUGAUAGAUGAGUGGUUUCCUCUGAGCUCCUAUGUGCCUCUGAAGGGAAUCGAGCCAGGCUCACUUCGAGUAAGAGCGCGCUACUCCAUGGAGAAGAUCAUGCCUGAGGAAGAGUACAGUGAAUUCAAAGAGCUCAUCCUGCAAAAAGACUUUCAUGUGAUCUAUGCGCUGGCUCACGUGUGUGGGCAGGACCGCUCCCUGCUUGCCAGUCUCCUUCUCCGAAUCUUCAGACACGAGCGAACUGAAGCUCCAUUACUGAGGACGCUGAAUGACAGAGAAAUUAAUAUGGAGGAUGAAGCCACAACGCUCUUCCGUGCCACUACUCUAGCUAGUACUUUGAUGGAGCAGUACAUGAAGGCCACAGCCACACCUUUUGUUCAUCACGCCCUUAAAGACGCCAUACUCAGGAUCAUGGAGAGCAAGCAGUCUUGUGAGCUGAACCCAUCUAAACUGGAGAAGAAUGAGGAUGUUAAUCUGAAUCAAGCUCACCUGCUCAACAUCCUGUCAGAGCUGGUGGAGAAGAUCUUCAUGGCUGCUGAGAUCUUGCCUCCGACCCUGAGGUACAUUUACGGCUGUCUGCAGAAGUCUGUGCAGCAGAAAUGGCCCAUCAACACUACAAUGAGGACCAGAGUUGUGAGUGGUUUUGUCUUCUUGAGGCUCAUCUGCCCUGCUAUUCUCAACCCCAGAAUGUUCAAUAUCAUCGCUGACCCUCCAUCCUCCACAGCAGGUCGGACGCUCACCUUGGUAGCCAAGUCUGUACAGAAUUUGGCCAACCUUGUGGAAUUUGGUGCUAAGGAGCCCUACAUGGAGGGAGUGAAUCCUUUCAUCAAGAACAACAAACAAAGGAUGAUCAUGUUUCUGGAUGAGCUGGGGAAUGUUCCUGAUCUGCCAGAAUCUAUCGAGCACUUUAGGACAGAUUUGUCCCGUGACCUUGCUGCCCUGCAUGAGAUCUGUGUUACUCAUUCUGACGAACUCCGCACCCUCAGCAACGAGAGAGGAGCACAGCAGCAUGUGUUGAAAAAGCUGCUGGCCAUCACUGAGCUCCUCCAGCAGAAACAGGUGCACUACGCCCUGUCAAACAGCAACAGAACUGAAUGUACCUUUAUGGCUGUAGCCACCACUAUCCAGGUCCUCUGAAACAAAUGAUCGAUAGCAAAGACAGCAAGUCCCAUUCUACCCAGAUGACAAGCACUGCAUCUGGAUGUGUGAACCAUUGACUUAAGGUCUCCAAUCACAUAUGUGUUGAAGUUCUGCUCGGACUCAACACAAUGCCAAACAUGAAUUCAACAAAACGGUUGAAAAACUUGAAUUUGCAGACAAAGCAUUAAUUCUGUGUAGAUUAUCUCCUGGAUAAUCAUGAAACUUCAAGAAAUCAUAACGGUCAACCAAAUGUUCAAGAAUAAAUCAGAAAUGCUCCAUGGCUCCUCAUUGAAAAGCUCCAAAAUCUUAAUGGAGACUGCUGAAAAAUCAACUUGGAUUUGUCCAACUUGAAACAAUACCGCUGUCGGUGAUGGACAAGCCAUUAGUUAACAGACCUGGGAGCCGUCAACUAGACUGACAUCUGCAGCCUCCAAACUGCAUAGCUCUUGACCGUCAGGGAAGCAAGAUGUGCAAGCCUUAAUAAACCAUCUACACUCCAUUUUACUGCACAACCUCAUCCUGUUUUCAACUGCAGUUUCAGGUGCAGGUAGGCUUAGAUCCUACAGAUUGCAACCGAUUCCUGUCUUACCUUCUGGGCUGCUUUGCCUGACAAGAUAAUGCUGCAGCCUGGCUUUUAUCUCCAAACAAUUGUUUGCAUGUGAUACAUGAGCAGAUCAGUGAGACAGAUUAAAUUUUGGAGGGUAGAUUACAAGAUUGUGGUACCUACUGCUUGGUGCAUGCAUCUACUUAACCUGCCCCCCAUUCAUCCACCUAACCUACAACUCCAACAAACUUCAGCUCAACUAAAUUCUGUUUCUUUACUCCAGAAUUGUUGGAAUAGACUGUGGGCUUCCUGAUUGCUUGUGUGUUAGAGAAAUAAUAAAAACCAUCAAGACUAUCAAAUUACAUUAAAUAAUUUAAUAUCAGCCUGAUUAUGUUUAGCAGAUCUGCUCAAUUAUAUUUGUGAAUUAUUAUUAUUCCCUGAAUCAUCAGUGUUUCAAAACCUGACUAUACAGUUUAAGUAAUGCUUUCAAUUUAUUAGAUAAUUCUACAAUGUCUUUUUUAAAAUCAAUUUUACAGGUAGUAACAUUGUCCUGUCCUCGCUGAUCCCCUUUCAAAAAAGUAUAAUGGUUGAACCAGUGAUGUUGUCAGAUGGCAAUACCAUGGUAUUUUUAAAUAUGUACAUGUCUAAAAAAAAUGCAGUAUUACUAUUGUAAAAACAUUAUACAAUUAAAAAUGUUGUUUGUGGUUUGUAUAUUCACUACCACCGACAUGAAAAAGCUCCCCUUGUACUUGUUUUUUUUACGUGUUUUGUUUUCCCCCCUCCAGCUGCAUUGGGAGAUUCUAUUAAAGUACAUUUGGCUGCAUUUUAUGACCCAGCAAAUAUGUGAAUCAGCAUCACAUAGAUGCAACAGAUUUUUUUUAUUAUUUGUUUUGUAUUUCAGGUAGUUCAUGUAUUUUUAUUUUUAUAUUUUGUACUUAAAAAAAACAUGACUUUUGAUUCUUAGAUAUGAAACACCAAGUGACUAACCUGUCUGAAUAAAACUCUUCCUAUCAUUAGUUUUGUGUGGUUUUUAAAUCAGGGUUUGAAAAGGUGCUUCAAAGAUAAAUUCAAGAACUUUCAAUAACUAUUCAAGCACAUUUGUAUUUGUUGUCAAGUACUAUGCUCAAGAUAUCAUUAAAACAAAUUCUUUAUUUGUUCAUUUUAAAUUAAAAUAUUUUAUACAUUCAGUUAAUUUAUUGUUAUAAAUACCACUUAUUACAAGUACAACAAAUCUCAAUGUGCAUCUUUAACUACACAUUCUCAGGAACAAUUCUUGAUUCAUACAAUUGUAGUGUGCUCCCUUAAAAAGCACUUCGCUUUCCAACAAAAGUUAAUAACUGGGUCCGUAAACUGUACUUCAUUUGAAUCAUGUGCUGUGUUCCAUAUUUUCUAAAGUCACACAAGAGAUUAAUGUGAGGAACUCAGGCAAACUGCAAAUGGGUCAUUCUCAAAAUAUUUUGACUUUCUCAACUUACAAAAUAUAAAAAUGUUCCAUUUAGUUCAGUUUUUGCAUAUAAACGCUGAGGGUAAAAAUGUUCUAACAUGGUUGACAUUAUUUUAUUCAUAAAUGACAACUUGGCUGUUGUUCUUUCGUUUAUUAUUUAAUUUUGUUUCCCAAACAAAGCAAGUUGGCACUAAUGAGGGUUAAAUGGGUUACAACACAUUUUGAGGGUUCAAUGGGGUACAACACCAAAUAUUUUCGUGUGAAAAUAUUCGUUAAAAUGUGAUUAAUAACUUUUUAACAUCCUGCGA